UUAUAUUGACAUUGACAAUUCAAUGAAUGAAAUAUUUUACAUGUCUUCCUUUUUUGUCAAACUUGUACUCUGAAAAGAUUCAAGUAUAAAACAACCCAAUGGCUAAAAUAAAAGUGGAAAAAAGAAACAAGUCAGCUAUCAACGAAGUUGUGACGCGUGAAUGUACAAUUCAUUUAUCUAAAAGAGUGCACAAUGUCGGUUUCAAAAAGCGUGCACCCAGAGCUAUUAAAGAGAUUAGAAAGUUUGCUGAAAGAGAGAUGGGAACUGUAGAUGUAAGAAUAGAUACCCGUUUAAAUAAACACAUUUGGUCAAAGGGUAUUAGGAGUACACCUUUCCGUGUUCGUGUACGCCUUGCACGUAGAAGAAAUGAUGAUGAGGAUUCACCCAAUAAAUUAUAUACUUUGGUUACAUAUGUACCGGUUUCUACAUUUAAGGGACUUCAAACUGAAAAUGUAGAGUCAAAUGAUGAUUAAAGUGAAAAAUAAAAGAAAUGAGUGAAUAAAAGUUU